CCUAUACUUUCCCUGUUUGAAAUGCAUUACAUCAUGAGUCGCCUUUAAGUUGGACAAUUUAUACUCAAUAUCUUUUAUAUGCAUAAGGAUAAUAUCCUUUUAUAGACACGUUAUUACCAGUAGCACAAAACUAAAUCUAUAUCUUGUGGAGGAAAAAUUUAAAUAGCGAGCAUAAAAGAUGAAUACUUUUACCAUCCUCAUUCAUUUCUAAAGCAUCUAUUUCUCUUGUCUUAGACGACGACGAAGAAGAAAUGUGUUGAUCUGGCUUGCAGUUUUUGUAAAAUUUUUAGUUGCGGUUGAAGUAUUCAGUUGUUCACAUUGUCGCAUAGUUGUUAGAUAUUAGAUAAAAAUAUUCGACAGUUUUGAAAAAAAAAAAAACAGAAAAUAUAACAUACUUUGAAUUUUUUGUUUGUUUACGUGAAAUUUGGCAUAACUAUCUUAAUAAACAAAAAAACAAAAAUGCAUCGCCCGUACGUUAUAAUCUAUAUUUUGUGUAUAACUCUUGUAUGUUGCUAUGGUAUUCCUUGUGAUUCAUGCGGAAAUGAGUGUGCUAGUGCUUGCGGUACAAAACAUUUCAGGUCAUGCUGUUUUAAUUACUUGAGAAAGAGAUCUGAAGUAAAAACCAUUAAAUUGGUUUCAAAUAAAAAACUUACGGAUUAUAUAAUGCUACAAGGAAAAACAAUGUUUACACGAAACGAAAUGAGCAGCCGACAUGCAAAUAUAUUACUUACAAGUACAAAUAAUUCCACACAUAAUGCGCGCAAACCAAAUAAACAAAUAUAUAACUAUAAUAAGCGAUGCUUGGAAAAUAUUUCGAACUGUAUCAAUUAUUAAUCUUACAUUUCUAUUGUAUUAAAGCAUGCCUUUCAAACAUUGUUAAAUAAGAGCAGUUAUAAAAGAAAAUUUAA